AUGCUAGUGAAAGAUCGUGUUGAAUUCGUAAUGCCUGACAUUCAACUCAACUCUAAAAUCUUCAAUCCAAAUAAAAAGAAAUCGAAAGUCGAAGAAUCUAACUAGCUGAGAGACCUUAAGUAUCAAUACUUUUAAAAGCAUGAAGAUGCAAGGAAAGCAUACAGGGCGUAACGUCAGUUUUCAUCAAAGGACACCUAAAUUAAGUUCUCAAAGUAUAGAGACUCUGCCUCAUUUCUGCUGCUUUACCGCAAGGCACUGGGUCAUACUCCUGGUCAAGUAAUGAGUCCAUAACAUGUUCAUAAUCUAAUAACCAACAAAAUAGAAAGUAAUCAAUAGAGCACAACUGACAAUGAAAAGGCAAAAGAUAAAGUUAUGACUAUUGAAGACUUGAUAGGUGAAUUUACCAAAGAAAAUGAAGAUUAGAUGCGUCAGUUUAUCGUAGAUAGAAGUCUUGUCAAACUUUAAUCAAAUUAUAGCUAGCCUAACUAAGGUAUCUCACAAGCAAUUGACAAAACUUUCUCAAGGGUUGAGACAGAAAAAAAUCCAAAGAAAUCUGAGGAGAUUAAGAAUAAAAUAAGAAAAAGACUUCAAUCAGCAAAUCUAUUGCAGAGGAAAAAAUCAAAGUCAGCUUCAAUGAAAUCAAACACAGCGGUAUAUACUUAACUAGAAGGAACUAGAAUCCAAGAUUUUGAGGCAAAGUUAAAGCAAGCAAUUAUAGAUAGGUUGGAUGAUAAGGAGAAGUUCCUCAAUUUCUGUGAUAUUAAUAACCUAGUAAUGUGUCUUAAAGAAAGUAAAAUGUCUAUUGAGAAUGAACUUGAUGAUCUUAAAUAGAUCAAACAAGAAAUACACUAACUUAACUCAGUCAGUAAGAUUGAUGCUACGAAAGUAGAUAAGAAGAUAAGCCAAAUCAAGUUCAGACUAAAAAAACUCAAAUUAAUUAAUGAUGAAUAAAUGAUUGACAUUGAUUUCGAAAACGAAAAUGGCAAAGAUCAACCCAGUAACAAUAGCUUUCUCUUAAAAUAAAAUAGCAAGAAUCCGAAUUUUAAUCUUAAUUUUACCAAAAGCUAGUAAGACCCUAAUAAGUUAGCAUAGCAAAAAGCUUAUCGAGAAAGGUUAAAGUCUGCUAGCAUUAAUAAAAAGCCAUAAAAUACAAUUCUAAAACAGAGAUUGACUAAUAAAAAUUUAUCUAUAAAGGAAUAGCUAGAAUUUGAGGGAAUUAAAGAAGAAGAUUUAAAUAUUAGAGAGGAGUUUAAGUAACUUCGAGGAACUCAUGGGAUUAAAAAAAGUAUUCUAGAGUAAGAUCUAGAUUAAGAUCUUGAAUUGUAUCAGCAGAAAACAUUAUUUAAGAAAAUUCCUAAAGAAAUUGACACACAUGCCUACUUUAUUAAGAAUAGCACAAGAUGUGGGGCUGCAUCUCAGAAGAAGAGGAGAUCAACUUCUAAUAUGCUUUACUAUGAGGAUAAAGAUAAUAGUAGUAGUUUAAUUUCAAUACCUGACAGUCCCUUGUAUUCUGAUAUGCACUAUCAGAAAAUGGAGUUUAUUAAAUCCUUAAAAGAAAAAUAAGAUAAAUAAAGGUAAUUAAGAAAACUUAGAGAAAGCUAGGAUGCUCAGAAUAACUUAUAGCUGCAGCAGCAUUAAUCAUAAUAGAAUCAAUAAAGUUCUCAAGCAGAGGGAUUUCAGCGUAAAUCUAGCCUUGGAAAUUCAAGUAUGGUUGGUUUUAAUCUCUAAAGAGUUAAAAAUAGACCAUAAAGUAGUGUUAGUAAUUAUGCCAGAGCGACAAAAACACCUUUGACAGCAUAGAGAUUCUACAUGAACUAAUAAGCCUUGAGGUAGUAAAAGACAGACUUAAUAAAUAAAUCUUACGAUUAUGCUAAAAAGGAGCAGCAAAUGCUGUGUGGUAAAACAAUGAAUACAGGAAGCAUGAAAUCAUUCUAGACUAGGGAGACUCCAUACUCGCAUGUACAUAGAACUAAUACCUAGACUUACUCAAAGUAGAUGAAGGUAAGCAGAGAUUAGGAAGACAGUGUUGCAUCCUAUCAAAGCUAUUUAGAUCGUAAAGAGACUAACAAGAUGGAAGACACUAUUACUAUAAGUCCUUACUCAAUAGGGAUAAGAACUGUAAAAACAGCUCAAUCAAAAUACAAUAACUGA